AUGGGUAACCAGGAGAAAAAACUUGUAGCUAAAAACAGUUCCAAAAACUGCCUCAGUCCUCCGCACCCCACCUCUGCGUUCAACACGACGGGCUUGAAAGUAAAUGGGGAGAGGCGAUCAAAUCUCGGAGCUCCGACCACCCGUCAUUGGAAAAAGGAUAAGGAAAAAUGCCAGCCAAAAACCCGAAAAACCGACGCCAGGAUUUGCACAUUUAACUGCCGCUCUAUCGCCACCGAUGAUCGUCUUGCUGAUCUUCUUCAAGAAGCUGAUCGAAUCAAAUACGACAUCAUCGGAUUAUCUGAAACAAAGCGAGGGGCAGAAUUGCAAGCCAAAAGCGCUGACGGAACUGGUAUUUUUCUAGGAAAACGAAAUGAAGCCUCGGUAUCUGGAGGGGUUGGAUUUAUCACUCAUAAAUCCAUGACUCCAAAAGUCAAAGAAGUCAAAUUCAUAAACCAUCGAAUCGCAACCCUCACUUUUGGUGUUUCAAAAAGAUUCAAUUGCACAGUCAUACAAACCUAUGCACCAAUUGGAACAUCAAACGACGAGGAAAUUGCAGAAUUCUACGAAAGCGUUGAAGAUGUCAUCCGCCAAUCCAAAUCAAAAUUCAAAAUUAUAAUGGGCGACUUCAACGCAAGAAUCGGCUGCCGAGCAAACCCGUCUGAAACAUUCAUUGGCCCACACUCAAUGGAAGCCAGAAACGAACCCGGUGAUUAUCUAGCCAGUUUUUGUGAAAACAACCGUAUUUUCCACACGAACUCCUUCUUCGAAAAAGCCUCAAAUCGAAGAUGGACUUUUGUAUCACCUGAUGGCAAUCACAAACACGAAAUCGAUCACAUCUUAGCCAAUGGCCGCUUUUUCACCGACACACACGUCGUACCCUCUUUCACGAUAGGAAGCGACCAUAGGCUUGUUCGAACCCACCUCCACUUCAAUCUAAAAUUCGUGAAACACCAAGAAUUUAGGUCGAGGAGGCUGCCAAGGAAAAUGAUCGAUGAGUCGCUGAUAUCCACGAACUGCGAACUCACACAAGAACCACCACCAAAUCCAAUCAUCGACGUGUAUUAUAACAACAUUGUGAACAUGCUAAAUUCGAUCCAAGAGAAGUCAAUGGUUCCACAACCAAACCACUCGAAUAAUCGAAUAAGCGAAGACACUCGAGAACUCCUGAAACUUCGGCGAGAAAUGGACCGAACCAGUCCAACAUUCCACAUCUUCUCCGCACUAUGCCGCGACGAAAUCGCAAAAGAUCACCAAGAAUUCGCGACAACACGAUUAGUAAACGCUGCAAUGGCUAAGAAGAGUAUGAAAAAAGUCGCCAGGAACCUGGCAGAAUACUCAUCAACAAUUCCAAGUCUGAAAUCAUCCACCAACCGGAAUCGUAUCACCCAAAGACGCGGAAUUGAACAAGAAAUUCAGAAGUUCUACACAAACCUGUUCAAAAGUACCAUCAACCCAACAAUCCAGAGACGCCCAAGAAGACUCGGAAAACCACCAUCAUUUCUCCCGUGCGAAAUCCGCUCAGCGCUUUCAACUUUUCCCAAUGGGAAAUCAGCUGGAGAGGACAAAAUAACGGCCGACUUCUUGAAAAAGUGCACGGAAAAAAUCAUUGGGACGAUCACAAAGUGCUUCAACCAAAUCAUAGACCAGUGCCAAAUUCCACAAGCUUGGAAAAAUUCAAAGACGAUACUGAUCUUCAAAAAAGGUGACCGCGAAAACUUGGAGAACUACCGACCAAUCACCAUCCUACCGGUACUCUACAAGCUCUUCACAAAAUGUAUUCUACGCAGAAUCCGUCGGACACUCGAAGAAGCUCAACCAAUCGAACAAGCGGGAUUUAGAAGAUCUUUCUCCACACUGGACCACAUUUCAACCAUUCAAAGAAUCCUCGAGGCAAGCCGAGAACACCAAAUUCCACUGGUGUUAGUAUUUGUCGAUUACCACAAAGCUUUUGAUAGUAUCGAACCAUUUGCUGUCUGGACAGCAUUACAAAAUCAAGGAGUUGAUCAAUACUACAUCAACAUUCUUAAAAAAUGCUAUCAAAACUGCUCCACCACAAUUUCCCCGUUCUUCAAGAAAGUCGCGAUCCCGAUUUCCAAAGGAGUCAGACAAGGAGAUCCAAUCUCCCCAAAUCUCUUUUCUGCGUGCAUCGAAGAAAUCUUCAGAGCGACAAAAUGGGAUGAUUAUGGGAUAAAUAUAAAUGGUUGCAAGUUAAACCAUCUCAGAUUUGCUGAUGACGUAGUUCUUAUCGCACACAACCCACACCAGGCGACGUCAAUGCUCAAUGACUUGGUCAAAGAAAGCGCGAAAGUUGGUUUGAAAAUCAAUGAAUCAAAAACAAAAUCAAUGCGCAAUCGAUUUGCUACAUCAAGUCCAAUAACAAUCGCAAACACCCCAAUCGGAAAUGUUGAAGAAUAUGUGUAUCUUGGAAGACAAUUGAAUCCACCAAAUGAGAUUCUUCCAGAAAUUCACAGAAGAAGAAGAGCCGGUUGGGCCGCAUUCAAGUCUAUCGAACAAGCGACAGAUUCCAUGACCUGCCAGAAAACCAAGGCAAAACUCUUUGAUCAAACAGUCCUCCCCGCUCUAUGUUACGGAGCCGAAACCUGGACCUUGACAAAGAAAAAUAGUGAAGCACUCCGAGUUUCACACGCGGCUCUCGAACGAAGAUUAGUCGGAAUUAAAUUGAGCGAACAACGCGAACGCGGAAUACAUCAAGAAGAUAUUCGUCGAUUAUCGCAGGUGAAAGAUCCACUCAAGCACAUCCGCCAACAAAAACUUCGAUGGGCUGGACACAUCGCAAGAAGAACCGACAGCCGCUGGACAACAACAACCCUUGAAUGGUGCCCAAAAGAUUGGAAACGACCAGUUGGAAGACCGCCAAUGAGAUGGUCAGACGAAUUAAGGAAAACUACUGUAUAUAUGACAACAACAACAAAAUGGUCAAACAUUGGACUACUCGUGCCAAAGACCGAGAUUUAUGGAGAGCUGUGGUCCGCGCUAUAUGCUGAUGAACGGAUCAACUAA